AUGCCCAUGUUGGCCAGUGACUGGGCUAAUCCCGAGGCAUUUGGCACGCCCCAACAUAUCGAGCCAGAUUCGGCCUCCGUUUCCGAAUCAGAAUCCUCGUCCGAGGACGAGGCCAACGUGAUCAAUGGCGUCAAAACCAUCACGCUCAACGGGAACGGCAAGACGGAUGUCGCCGCGGAAGAUAGCGAGCCGGAGGAGGAUUGUCUUCCAGGCAUGAAGUUUGGGCUGAAGAACCUGUACUCGGGCAAGGAGGACAAGAAAGGCCGUUAUCAAUGGCAGGAUAAGAUCCCCGAUGAUCUUGGAAACCCCGCUGAGAAUGACAAGACAGCUAAAUGGGCACUGCUGGUGAGAAAUGUUAAGGUCUAUGGCGAUCCAAGGAGAGUCCUUGCCAUGCACUCCAUCGUGGUUCAGAGUCCACUUCUUAAGCGCCUUCUUGCCAAAGUCCUCAAAGGCUACCCGGGCGUCACCGUCGGCCUUCAGCGACUCGAGUUUUCUGGCAAGUUUGAGCCGCUCAUUCAUCGAUGGACGGAGCUUCAGCAGGCCAUCUCCGAGUUGAGCGACGAUACGGAAGAGAAUAGAACCACCAAGGCCCAUGCAGAUCUCUUACAGGAGGUGCUGAUCAAGGAGUUCAAGACCCUUAUCGACGAAUCCCAAGAUAUGAAGUCGAAAAAGGUCAUGACAUAUUUCCAUUUAUGGACGCUCUUCCAGCCCGGAGCCACCAUCUACACUAGGAAUGAAGGACAAGAGACGGCCUACUCCCUCCUUGAUACUAAGUAUGGUCAGGAUGCGAAAGGCGUCCCUUGCUUUUGGUUGACCUGCAAAUACGUCGAUUGGGACGGGGCCAAGUUCGGUUCACAGAAGUGGAAUAUCAGCAUCCCAAUCUUCACCGGAACGAGACACAUCAAUCAACUUCGAGCAUUCCCCAUCCAGUACCAUCACGAGGCCGAAGCCCUGCGGACUCGCUUGAUCGAACGGGGCGCCAAGGUUGAAUCGCUCGCUGGGCCAAACUACCGAGCGUACUCAGGCAUUGGUUGGCGCAUGGGUGCUUUCGGGUCCAAGGACAAGUACAAUGUCAAAGGCCGAAUUGUCAUUGACACACACGGUUGGAAUCGAUUUAACGCUAGCUACGCUAUCUACGUGAACUCGCUAUCUCAGAAAGACCAGGUGCCGGCUAACGGCACAGACUCCGAGGAAGACUCAUCCGACGACGGCGAUGUGUAUGAUGGAGAAGAUGACUGCGACGGUGGCAUGCCGAUAGACGGCCACUUUGCCGACGAAGAGGAUUCCAAGCGCGCCCCACUCACCACAGAACAGAAACUGAUCUGCACUCCUUUGCUACGAGGUUAUAGCUUAAAGCAGAAGCUGUGGCUGAAUUUCUUCGUUAAUUGCGUAAAGGAGAUAGAGUGGCAAAAGGACGCGUUCGACCGUCUGGUGCUUCCAAAGAACCAGAAGGAAUUGAUUCUUGGAUUUACCGAGUCUCAACGGAAAUAUCGUGAGACUUUCGACGACGUAAUCGAGGGCAAAGGCCGUGGCAUGAUUAUUCUCUUGACUGGGCCGCCUGGAGUAGGAAAGACUUUGACUGCAGAGUCCGUUGCCGAAGAGAUGAAGGUGCCACUGUACAUGAUGUCGGCGGGCGACCUCGGUCUCGACCCUAGACGGCUGGAGGGACAGCUUCAAGACAUUUUGGAAAUGUGCACGAGGUGGAACUCUGUCCUACUGUUGGAUGAGGCAGACGUUUUCUUGGAGCAGAGAUCGCUGCACGAGUUGGAGCGGAACAAACUGGUGACAAUAUUCCUGCGAGUACUUGAGUAUUACGAAGGCACCAUGUUCCUCACGACCAACCGAGUCGAGACCUUUGAUCCAGCUUUCCAGUCGCGAAUCCACAUUUCGCUCGACUAUCAGGAACUGUCCUUGAGCUCGCGUCGCACCGUCUGGAAGAACUUCCUCGAGUCGUUCCCAGAGGAGCAUGCCAUUCACAAGACCGAGCUAGAGUCACUAGCCCAGAUGAACCUCAACGGUCGACAAAUUAAGAAUAUCCUUAAGAUCGCUCGUCUUUUGGCCACUCGAAAGCAGGAGAAGCUCAGUCACGACCACAUCGUCACCACGCUAGAGGUCACGCAGCAUUUGCAUAACGAGACGCAGUUCUCGGAGAGGACCAGGGGAAGUCUCUAUCAUUAG